AUGAUUUAAAAUUCAACUACAACUCCUCCAAACGAAGACUCAUAUCAUAAACCAAUCAUUCAAAUCAUGAGUUAGAUUAACUAAUAAUAAAUAAGAGUUCGUAAUCCUUCUUAAGAAAGUCAUAAAGUUUAAAAUGAGAGUCAUUAAAUUAAAAUUACAAAUCCAAAAUCUCCUACUUUAACACAGAUAAGUGUAUAGUUAGCAUCUGAUAGGAUAUCACCUAAUGAUCAAAAAGAUUUGCUUCUUAUUAAUGAAGAACCAAGUAAUAAAGAAGACUCAUAAUAAUUAAGUGUGAUAAGAAAACCAAAUGAUUGUGAAGUACUGUAUCGUAAAUCCAAUUAUAAUAAAUAAAGUACACUUCAUUCAUCUUUAAGAUUAUUGCAUUUCUCAAAAUCGGAUAUAUUUACAAAACAAAUAUUAAGCAAAUAACAAUUUAAAAUUAUUCAUGACUUAUCAUCUGACUAUAUCAUUCCAUUAAAACAAGAAAUUAUUAAUCGAAUAAAAUAAGAUUCUGUCAUUAAGUAAGUUCUAUACAGUUUCUAUAUUUGCUUUCUAAUCUUUUAUUUGACUAUAUUACUUAUAGAAUUGGGUUGUAACACUUUAACACUUUGCAAUUGGUGUGUUUUCCAUUAUUUAUUGAUCAUUUUUUAAUUAAUUGAUUGCUCUUAUCAAAUUGUUAUUAAUAAAUUAUAUAUGAUAGGUAUGUUUGCAGAUGUAUUAACUAUGUUACCAUUUUUUGCAUUUUUAUUAGAUUUAGGAGAGGCAUAGAAAAUAUUUUAUAUGUUGUAUUUAAUAAGAAUCUACAAAAUUACUGAUUUCAUACAAAACUUAAAUUUUUAUUCAAAUUAAUAUGAUUAGCUUUUUGUGAUUAUGACAACUAUUUAAAUUCAUUUUGCUACUUUUAUUACAUAAACUAUUAUUUACAUGUUUGCUGAAUAAUAAUAAGACUAUACAAAUUACAUUUAAAAUAUUUUUGUUGUGUUAUUUUUCAAUCCUAACAUAAUAAAACGUUAUUAUUUUAUUAUUUAUUUGAUUAGAAUUCUUUUAUUGAUUUUUUAUUUUGUAAAAAUUAGAUAGAUAAUUAAUUAUCAAUCACUUCCAUUAGAUCAUUAUAUUAAUUAUGCUCCAAAAACUUUGAAAUCAAUUAUUAAUUAUUAGUAAGAAAAUAGAAAAACAAAAUUUGAUAUAAAAUCUUUACCAAUAUAUUUAUAAUAAAAAAUGAAGAGAGAGAAAUAUUUAAAGAUUUUAUAAAGUAUCCCAAUAUUUAAGAAAUCAUUUUCUAAUUAAACAUUACUAAAUUUAUGUGAAAUAAUAGUUGAAGAUAUUUUAAAACCAAAUAAAGUAGUUAAAUAGAAAGAGUGUCUUCAUUUUCUAUUGGAAGGAUAAAUAGGCAUAGUUUAAAAAUGUUAAUAAUCUUAGAAAGAAUUCAAAUUAGCUAAAAUAUAAAAUCCAUUUUAGAUUUUUAAUAAUAUUGCAUUUUUUAAAAAUUAAUUAUAGGGAAUAGAAUUUAAAAGUAUUGGAUAUACUAAAAUAGCAACUUUAGAUUAGAAUUAAUUUUAAAANUAUCAUUCCAUUAAAACAAGAAAUUAUUAAUCGAAUAAAAUAAGAUUCUGUCAUUAAGUAAGUUCUAUACAGUUUCUAUAUUUGCUUUCUAAUCUUUUAUUUGACUAUAUUACUUAUAGAAUUGGGUUGUAACACUUUAACACUUUGCAAUUGGUGUGUUUUCCAUUAUUUAUUGAUCAUUUUUUAAUUAAUUGA